CAUGUGACAGUGACUUUGACGUCAGCUGGAGGCAGAGUCUGUGGCUUAGUCCCCACAGCCAAAGGCUUGGGAGAAUCUGGUGGAUGCUGGACUUACCCCUCUGCUGCCGCCGCUGCUGUUUGCCAGGGGCUGCCGGGGCAUGGGCUACUGACGCCUCGAGCUUCCACCGGGGCAGGCUGCCGGGCUGCUGUAUGUUCUAACCAGAUAAAAUUUUGACACCAACAUGGGAAAACAGAACAGCAAACUACGUCCUGAGGUCAUGCAAGAUUUGCUAGAAAGUACAGACUUUACAGAACAUGAGAUCCAGGAGUGGUACAAAGGCUUCUUGAGAGACUGUCCAAGUGGACAUUUAUCUAUGGAGGAGUUUAAGAAAAUAUAUGGGAACUUUUUUCCUUAUGGGGACGCUUCCAAAUUUGCGGAACACGUAUUCCGCACUUUCGAUGCUAACGGCGAUGGAACAAUAGACUUUAGAGAAUUUAUCAUAGCCUUGAGUGUAACAUCUAGAGGUAAACUGGAGCAAAAGCUGAAAUGGGCAUUCAGCAUGUAUGAUCUGGAUGGAAAUGGAUACAUCAGUAAGUCAGAAAUGCUGGAGAUAGUGCAGGCAAUCUAUAAGAUGGUUUCUUCGGUAAUGAAGAUGCCAGAAGAUGAGUCAACACCAGAGAAAAGAACAGAGAAAAUCUUCCGUCAGAUGGACACCAAUCGAGAUGGCAAACUAUCUCUGGAAGAGUUCAUCCGAGGGGCCAAGAGUGAUCCAUCCAUUGUCCGUCUCCUUCAGUGUGACCCUAGCAGUGCUGGGCAAUUCUAACACAGUUCUUUGAAUGAAUUGUGGAUCUGCUUUUUGUUUUGUUUUGUUUUUGCCAAACAACAUUCAUGGUGGUGUUGCCUCUGUAUGACCAAGUAUGCCUUCUUUUGUGGCACCUUUUAGCUUCUUUUCUUGUGGAUUAAUUAUACGAAUGCUGAAUGCUCUUAAUAGUUUGUCCAGAACACAGACUGAAAUACAGUUUUAAAUGGACAUCGUGGUGUUAAUUUGUUUAGAAGAUGUUAUUUUGUUCAAUUUGUCUGUUCUGAAAUGUAAACAACAAGAAGGAAGAAAUCUUCAGUAACGCAUUAUUUCCAGAUUUUAGAAUGUUGCUAUAAUAGCUGAAAAUUCACUCACAGGCUCUGAAGCACAAUAAUGGUUGAAGUGUUACAACAGGUGCAGUAUUUCAUUUGUACAGUUUUUUUUUAAUCCAGCAGACACAAAUGGAGGUACAAGACAGAAUGAGUAAGAAGUGUUAAUACAGUAAAUUAGCAAAUUCUAGCCCAUUUUUUUUUC